AUGCCCGAGGUCUACCACGCUCACCCAGACUACGGCUUCGCCCGUGACUUUAAGGGAUAUGGCGAGAAAGGCAUCGCCUGCCCCUGGCCCAACGACGCCAAGAUCGCCGUCUCUUUCGUCAUCAACUACGAAGAGGGCGGCGAGAGAUCCGUCCUCCUAGGCGACGGCGUCUCCGAGACCAACCUCCGCGAGAACCCGAUGGGCGGCCCGCGCAUCAACGAGCGCAACUACAACGUCGAGUCCGAGUACGAGUACGGCUCGCGCGCGGGCUUCUGGCGCCUCUUCCGUCUCUUCAACUCGCGCGCCAUGAAGUUCACGCUCUACGCCGUCGCGCAGGCCGUCGAGGAGCAGCCCGAGGUGGCCAAGCGGUGCGUCGAGGAGGGCCACGACGUCGCGUCCCACGCCUACCGCUGGGUCGACUACCACGACUUCCCCGUCGAGAAGGAGAAGGAGUACAUCCGCAAGGGCAUCACCUCGCUCAAGUCGCUGACGGGGUACGCGCCCAAGGGGUGGUACUACGGGCGGCCGUCGCCGCACUCGCGGACGCUGGUGGCGCAGGUGUACGAGGAGAUGGGGGAGGAGCUGGUCUGGGCGAGCGACACGUACGCGGACGACGUGCCGUACUGGAUCGACCUGCCGCUGGAGCGGGAGAAGAAGGAGGACGCGAAGGGGUGUCUGAUGGUGCCGUACAGCUACGACUGCAACGACUUCAAGUUCCACAUCGCGGGGUCCGGGUUCCGCGACCCGAACGGGUUCUACACGCACCUGAAGAACGCGUUUGAUGUGUUGUACGAGGAGGGCCAGGAGGGGCAGCCGAAGAUGAUGACGAUCGGGUUGCACUGCCGCAUCAUCGGGCGGCCGGGGCGGUUUGGGGCGCUCAAGGACUUUGUGGAUUACAUUGCGCAGAAGGAGGGGGUUUGGGUUGCGACUAGGACGGAGAUUGCUGAGGCUUUCAAGGCGAAGUAUCCGUAUAAGAAGGGACAGUUGGCUUAG